AUGGCAGAUGCUGUGAAGCAACGUGAAGUGCCAGUUCCGGAGAAGUUGCUGCGAGACUUGGCCAAAAAUGCGGCCAAAGCCAUCCCCCGUUUCGAAGAAAAAGAACCAAUCACCGGCGUGAAAGAGCUUCACGAUCUGAUUGAUCCUUUGCUGGAGACGACCGAUCUGCCAGACCUGAACCCUGGUCACAGAGCCGCAGCAUCAAAUGCACUGUGCUCGAUUCUCGAAUGCUGUCAAGCAUCGCAGACCGAGUAUGCACGGGACGCCAUCUUAGAUGACUCGGUCUGGCUGCGACUGUUCAACAUCUACCUGCAGAGAUCAGACGACGCCAAAGGCAAGUCGAUGAGGCAGAUGCUUCUGCUUCUUACCAGUGUCAUAACGAAGAAUCAAAGUACACGGGCUGCAGAACUCCGACUGCAGGCUGCGUCAACAUUCGUGGAUAUUAUAUGCGACCGGCAAGACCGCAUCAAAGUCAAGCCAGCCUUACAGGGUCUUGCACACUUCUUGCUCCGGGAUGUAGUGUCAAUAGCACAGCUGCUGGACAUUCAGGGUGCUCAAUCAUCAUCCAGUGAACAGUUCAGAAGUUCCCCACAAGUCCUGUUCAAGACUUUUCUCGUAUGGGUGGUUCACCACGACACCUCCCUCUCGGCCGGCCAUCUGGUCAAGAACUUCCUUAUUCAAGCGCGCCGCCUGCCUGAGUAUUCCACUCAAGGGGAGAAUAAGACCGUCUCGCCUCUAUGGAUAGAGCCAGUGGUAGAGAUGCUUCACGACUGGCCGGAUCGUCUGCGCGAGUUCAAAGCAAACGUAUUCCCACACUGCUUCUUGCCCAACAUUGACGAGUAUCUGCGUUUCCUUUCCUUCCUCCGUUUCGGCCUACAUGUCCAGUCGAAAGGCGAGGUACCUCAAGCGUUGCGCAUGUACGAGUCGCGGACUAGUAGCUUGUCCAAAUCCGAGGAGUUCAAGAUCCUCUUGGCCGCCCUCGAGACUGGAAAGGAAUUGACCAUUGUCCGUGACAUUGACUAUCGCACAUGCGACCGCAUCGAGAUCCAGGGCAACUCAUUACAUCUGCCCGACGACAUCUUCGACACGUGGAUGUCACACUCUGAACCCGAAGUAAGGCUCGCUGGCAUGUUCCUCUCAGUACACUCUACCGCCGUCACGAAACCUAUGACCGGUGGCGUCUUCAAGUCACUGAAGCGCAAUCUGUUCCAUCUCCACGCAGACACUGAUGCUUACUUCCGGAGGGAGGUCCACGGCUACACGCAAAAGCUGUUUGACCGCCUCCGGGCUAGCACAGCAACGCUGUCGAAGAGUCUGGUCAAGGGCCGCACUCCGGAGCAAGGUCGAUUGCCGAUUCCAAAAGAAUGUUUCCAGGAGCAGACUUCUGCGUCGGAAGAUCCAUUAAAAGAGUCUCUUGCAUUCAUCGUAUGGUACACGCGGUUCCUCGAGUGGGAGCUGCGCUCGACUGGCACCUAUCAGCGACGCAUCACGGCUCUUCGGUCUCUGAUCAUUGUCCUCAAGUCGGGCGUUGACGCCGGCGUUCCACACGCGCAGCUCUCCAAGUCUGCACAAGGCGAGCUGAACUGGGCCCACAGUCUACAAGUUUCGAACACAAAUCUUACGCGACUUCUGCUGGACUUGGUCAUGGAUCCGUUCGACGAUAUCAGAGAAGCUUCCAUAUCAGUCCUGCAGCUUUCGUUAUCAGCGUUACCAGAUUCUGAAAAGACUGUGACGCUGUCGAUGCUCCCUCAGUUCGUGGCUCGUGCAGAGACAAUGAUGCUGCGUACAGGGCGCGCUGAUCAGGCUGACGGAGUUGCUCGAGCGUACGCACUGCUGUUCAAUGUGGCCGAUGCAAAUGUCACGGAGGCGUUGGAAUUACCCUCUUCGAGCUCUGGAAUUUUCGACGGCCUAAGAAAGCAGCUAACAGAAACACUCGAAAUUGCUCGCACGAACCUAUCUGAAGCCGUGAACGGUCGCCCAGUACAUGGUAUCUAUGCUGCCUUGACUUACAUCGUAGAUCAGGAUUCCUUCUAUCCAUCGAUUGCGAAGGAUACUCCAGAAGCACAUCUCACGUGGGUUCAAGCGCACGAUGAGCUGAUCGUGAGCUUCGAGGCUCUCUGGUCGAUAGUCUACAACGUUCUUUGCGCAGAUGCGCCGGAAGGCAACGUCCCCGACGAGAUAGAUGAAGCAGCAAAUCUGGACACCAGGGAAGUCCUGAGCUACUCAUGGAGAGGGCUGAAAGAGGCCAGUGUUUUGGUCCGAACUAUCAUCACAAGAGCUCCUAUCGGUAACGAUGAGCAGUCCAUACUCACUCCAGCUGUGUUUGAGAGACUUGGCCGCCUUUGCUUUACGCAAUUGCUCGAGCUUCGCCACCGUGGUGCGCACUCGACAGUCGCUCAGACGUUCGCUGCAUUUUGUCGUCGAUGCGCAACAUCCAAAAUCCCAGAGCUGAAGGCAUUACCAGAUACUUGGUAUCAGGAAACACUGCGGUCGAUGCAAGACAAAGCUGGAGCUAUCACUCGGAGAUCUGCUGGCAUCCCCACGCUGAUGGCCAGCAUCAUCGCAGCAGAACCUGAAGCUAGCAGCAAGCUGCUCGCUCGCGCAAUGACUGACCUGACCAGCGAAGCGUCUGUGGAGGCGCAGCACACCAACAUCGAAGAGAGUCGCCUCCCGCAGGUGCACGCUCUCAACUGCAUCAAAGAGAUCUUCACCACUUCAAAGCUCAGCGUAGCGUCCGAAGCGUACAUCGCGCAGGGACUCGAACUGGCAGCAAAGACCUUGAACUCGAAUAUCUGGCCGAUCCGGAACUGCAGUCUCAUGCUCUUCAAGGCUCUGAUCGAAAGACUGCUGGGCAGCAGUGAAGCGCAGGACUGGAAAGAGCAGGAACGCGCAAAGACGUCCCGCUUUUCAUACGACAACUACCCCAGCUUGCUGGGCAUACUGGCAGACCUCCUCGACCCCGCAGGUCCCGUCAAGGCGACGCUCGAGAGCAGUGCAGAGGGCAGCAACCCCUUUGACCUCCAUGGCGCCGAGGGUGUCUUCCCAGCGCUGCAAAUCCUGCGACAAGCGCGGCCACCGACAAACGAACUGGGGCCGAUCAGGGCGUCCGUCCAGAAGCUCCUGGCGAGCCCGCACUGGCAUAUGCGUGAUAUGGCCGCACGGACGGUAGUAGCCCUGCUUCCGUCGCACGAGAUGUACGACGCAGCGUUUGAUAUGCUCAGGGUGGACUAUGACUCCACCAACACACGACACGGGGUGCUGUUGGCCGUGAAGUACAUGAUGAGAAAGCUGGCCAGCGAGCAGCUGAGUCUAGCCUCACAGUCCAUCGAGGCGUUGCUGCUCGAACUCAUCAACUGCGCUCCUCGAUGGUUCACCCACAACAAGUGCCCGUUCCUCGACGCCGUCUUCUUCGACAUCGUCAGCACUUGCGGUCUGUCCAUCCUUCAGCGAAGGGAGUCGGAGCCUGUGCUGGUGGCGUGGACACAGCUCACGACACUCAUUGAGAUCGGUCCGGAGUACGAUCUGGACACCAGCAGCGCAUCUGACAGUCCGCUCCGUGCUGAAGCGCUGGCCAGGCUGUUCAUCAUCGACCGUGUCAUUGUCCGUCCCGAGUCUUUGAGUACGAUUGUCUCAGAAGACUAUCAGAGCAUCGGUGACGCUUUGAUGCUUCUGGCAGAGGACGACCCAGAUACCUGCUGUGCUGCGCUCGAGACUCUGGAGACGAUCAUCGAGAAGGUGUCUCCAGACGCCCCAAAGAAGCCGGUGUCCUUGUUGAUGGCACACAUCCACCGCGUCGUGCUCAACGCCGAAGACCCCGAAGUCACCUCCAAGGCCCAAUUCGUCCUCGCAGACGCCCUAGACAGCGCGCCCGAGCGCCGGGACGAGUUCUUCAGCCUGCUCCCGGACGCGCACCUCGUCUCCACCCUCCCCAAACUCGAAUCCCAAUGCCUCUCCGCGCCCCCCUCAAACACCCAGUCCGCGCUGCACCUCCUUGGCAUCUUCCUGGACCACACCUACGCCCACCUCCCCUCCUCCCGCGACCCCGUCCUCGCAGCAACAACCCGCUACAUCCACCUCCUGCGCACAGCAACAACCGACACCAACCCAGACGCCACCCGCCUCUCCGCCGCGCUCUCCCUCCACGCCCUACACCACCUGUGGACCGCCCCCGCCCCGCUCGCCCUCAGCCUCGCCCUCACCACGCACGACCUCCUCGCCGACGACGACGACGACAUCCGCGACCUCGCCGCCCGCGCCGCCGCGCGCCUGCUGCGCUGCGCCCCCACGGUCCCGCUGCUCGCGUCCCGCGCCCUCGAAACCCACCUCCCCCGCCUGGCGCCGCGGCACCCGGGCCUAGCCACCCACGUCCUGCGCCGGCUCACCGCCACGCCCCCUCCAGCACCGCUGUUCGGCGCGCCGUUCGCCGCGUACUUGGAGGUUGCGACGCGUCCGCAGACCGCGCUCUUCGCGCCGGAGCGCGCAAACCAGUUCGUCGACGACGCGGGCGCGGCGCUGGGGUGGCGCGGUGUGCUAUGCGACGCAGCGUCUGGCGGCGCGGGACUCAGCGCGGGGCUCGGCGCGGGCGUGCUCGCGGACGCAGCGCGCUGGACGCUCGACGCGCUCACGUCUCUUACCGCGCGCUACGACGCCGAGGCUGAUGGGCCGCUGGGCUGGGGUAGUGCGGCUGCGGUGCUCGCGUGGGGGGUAAGGGUCGUGUGUCUCGCGGAUUUCGUGCUGCGGCAGAGAGCGCAGGUGCAGACGCAGAGUCAGGAUGUCAAACUCGCGCUCGCCCGCCUGCUCACCGCGCUGACGCGCGCCGGCGGCCACGGGGCCGUGGUGCAGCUCGCGAGCGCGGUGUUGGAGGGGGAUGUGCUGCGGGGCCUGGGCGCUGUGAGGGGCGUUGCGGGGGUGGCGCCGGGGUAUGCUGGGGCGGGGGGGUGGUUGGGGUAG